AUUGUCUCCCACCACCAUCGUCCUUCGGUGACCCAACCUCUACAAGUUUUUCUCCCGAAAUACACAUUCAAGAUGGGUGGAGGAGAUCUCAACAUGAAGAAGUCGUGGCAUCCGCUCCUGUUGAAGAAUCAGGAGCGGGUGUGGUUGGAGGAGAAGAAGGCGCUCGAGGAGAAGAAGAAACUCGACCAGCUGCGCAAGGAGAAAGAAGAGGAACGCCAGAUGCAGGAGCUGCAACGUCUACAAGAGGAACAAACGGGUCGGAAACGAACUGAAAAGUUGGAGUGGAUGUAUGCAACCCCCGCGACGGGAUCAAGUCAGAACGCAAACGAGCUUGAGGACUAUCUUCUUGGAAAGAAGCGAGUGGACAAGAUUCUUACUGCUGAUGAGAAUGCCAAGCUUGGAGCCUCGCAUAAGAACUUCAUUGCUGUUCAGAAUGCCAACAACGUCCGCGAUACCGCUUCAAAGAUUCGUGAAGACCCUCUUCUCGCAAUCAAGCAGCAGGAACAGGCUUCCUACGAAGCGCUCAUGGCCAACCCUCUUCGCUUGCGUGAAAUGCAAGAGCGCAAUGGCAUCAAACCGAAGAAAGACAAGAGUGCGAAGAAGCUUGAGAAGGAAGAGCGAAGGAGGUUGAAGGCAGAACGUAGACAGCGAAGGGACCGUUCAGCCAGUCCUCGGGACUACGAGCGACGCCAACGCUCCGUGUCGCGAGACCGUUAUCACUCGCGGCGCUCCCCUGAUUACUCUCGUUCCCGCUCUCCGCCGCGCAGACAUAGUGACUAUCACAGGCGCCGCAGCCCCUCGCCUGAUCGACACCGCCGGGAAAGCCCUGUGCGGGACUCGCGGGCUCGGUCUCGCGACCCUCACGUUCGAACUUGGCCGCGUUCUGACGAAUCCGAGGAGUCUGCUCAUCGCAGCCGAAGCCCUGAGCGAGGUCACAAGCGUGCUCGCAGCCCAAGUCCUCGGCGUCGCGACGAUCGCCGACAGCCUGAACCAAAGCGUCCACGCAUGAGCCCACCACCGUCUCAGCCUUCGGAUGGGGGCACUAUGGCCGAGAAGGCUGCCGCUGCACGAGCUGCACGGCUUGCUGCUAUGUCGUCUGACGCAAACACCAUGAGUGCCGAACGUCAACAACGGCUUGCCAUGCUCUUGGAGAAGGAAAAGGCUGAUCUAGCUCGUGACGAAGAAGACCGCCGCAAGUCGCAGGGUAUGGGCAACUUCCUUAGCAAAGAGCAGAAGAAAGUUUUCGGCGGCUCCAUCGGAUUGGAAGACCGCAUUCGGAGGGGCCGGGGUGGUAUGGUUGUCGAUGCAGAUUAGUAUUUGUACGUUGUGGUGUAAUAUGUUCAACCGAUUCUUUCAAGACGG